AUGGCAGCAAGUACAGUGGAAACAACCGUUGUUCGAAGCUCAUUGCCAUCCACCGCGGACAGCAGUGCCAUCCAGGAUUCUGUAGGAACCAUGACUGAGGACUCGCUGCAGGCAGUCGAACAAACUGAACAGGUGGGCCUUUUUUAUGUGCUGUGGUAUUUGCGGAGCAAGCCAAGCGUUGGACUCGCUUGCUAUUCUCGCUUGCCAUUCCCUUCAUUAAACGUCUGUGCUGCUUGUCGAGAUACAGCAGUUGCGAUUGUUGCUUUGCUAAUAGAGAAUUGCAGUGGGACGGGAAACUGUGUUGUCACUGUGGUAUGGUUUGCCCAGUUGCUAUCUUCGCGGGCGCGCUCCGCAACAGAGGGCCUCAUUGCUGCGUUUGGGUAUCUUGGAGAAAUCCUUGGAGGGGUGUCUCACGAGGUUUUGAGAACUCAUCCGUUUUACCGUCAUGCCGGAAGGCAGCAAAACCUUAGCGGGCGAAGUUUUAGCGAAGAGAAGGCAGCAUCAUCGUAUGUUUGUCACGCAAGUGCAGUGCCGUUGCUUUCGGAGUGCAGGCGCUUGCUGAAGAAGCUGCGGCUGACCAAAGAAGAGCUUGAAAAGCUUUUGGACUACACGGAGCGCUUGUCCGGAUAUGCAUCCACCCACAUGCCGGCUCAUAAUCGACCUUCCACGACAUCAUAUGCUGUCGAAACUUUGGGAAGGGUGUUUCUGAUUCUCGAUACGCUAUACUGUGCAGCAGAAGUGCUUGGAGAUGCUUCCAAGAAGGAUUCGUGGUGGCCCUCGAUAGUGCAUCAUAUAGAAAAUGCAAGGUACCGCGGGGGGUCAAGUGAAACAGUGAUGAGGAGGCCGUGCUGGAGUUCUGCCAUCUUAAAUGCGCUGAACGUUGCGUUGGACUACUUCAGGAUUGGGCGAAGGCCCCCUUUGCAACUUGUGGUUGGCUUAAAAUUGGCAAUUUUUCUGUCACCCAGGUCGACAGUGUUCAAGAACGCCAAGUGGGACAAUUGGCGAAAAGACUCCAGUGAGUGGCACAAUUCCAUUAAGCCAAGUGGACAGGAGAGCGCGCCGUCAACAAAACAGUCAACAAGUCACCGGUUUUGA